AUGGCCGUGGCGCUUGUGCUGGCAGCAAGAACAUCUUCAUCCUCGCAGGCCAGAGCAACAUGGCAGGACGAGGAGGCGUCAGUGGAGGCAAAUGGGACGGCAAUGUCCCGCCCGAGUGCCAGCCCAGAUCUUCAAUCGUCCGACUCAGUGCUCAACUCGGAUGGGAACAAGCACAUGAGCCGCUCCACGCUGACAUUGAUGUGGGCAAGACAUGUGGGGUUGGGCCAGGCAUGGCUUUUGCCAAUGAGGUUCUCAGAGUCAGGGGCUCAAGAUUUGGGGGUCUUGGGUCUGGUUCCCUGCGCUGUGGGUGGGACGAGAAUCGGUGAGUGGGCUCGAGGGACUCGGUUGUAUAACGAGUUGGUGAGACGAGCCACCGAGUCAGUCAGGGACGGUGGAGUUAUCAGAGCGGUUUUGUGGUACCAGGGAGAGAGUGACACCGUGAACAGAGUGGACGCUGAGGGGUAUAAAGGGAAUUUCGAAAGGCUUGUUAUGGACCUGCGUUGUGAUCUUAAGAAUCCAAAGCUUCCUGUCAUCCAGGUGGCAUUGGCAUCAGGAGAAGGGCAGUUUGUAGAUGUAGUGAGGAAAGGUCAGCUUGAUGUUAAGUUAGGCAAUGUCAAAUAUGUUGAUGCAAAAGGCCUGCGUCUGAAAGAAGAUCACCUCCACCUCACUACCAUAUCUGAGGUCCACCUGGGGAUCAAGACGAUAGUAGCGCAAGUGGUUAAGGCACUCCCCUCAUCACCCCCAAUAAUUCUGGAUUCGAAACCCACCCCCACUUGUAACUUCGACGACAACAAAAAAACUAAAGUUAACGUCGGCAGAAGAAUCAAAGUCCCAUAUUAUAUAGCAGGUGUAAGAUUGCCAUUGGCUCAACGAUAUACAAAAUCUUGUGGUGAAUUAGCCACCGUCACAAAUUCACAUGCUUGUACUGUGAUAGACGAUUCAGAUGCGUGGACACAAAACGGACAGCUCACAGGGCACGUGUCAGCACCUGGUAGUCUUGAGGUCGACGAACUAAAACUAUAUGUAACUGAAGAGAAAAAGGAGCAAGGUGGAGUGGAAAUCAAGGUGGUGGACACGGUUGAUUAUCGAUCACCGGCAGGGGAAGACAAAAAACCCACAAAGGAGGAGGUGGAGGUGGUUCAUGAGACUAAAGAUGGGGCCAAUUCAGGGACUGGAGGCGGCAGUGUCCUUGCUAGUGCAGCAGCUGCAGUUUCAAAUGCCUUUCAGUCCGCCAAGGAUGCAGUUUCUGGCAGUGCCAAAGAUCAGAAGACCACUAAAUGA